GCCCUCUCGUCUGCACGGCGUGCGAGUUCCAUGAGGCGUGGACUUCACUAAGGGGGUUCGGACGAAGUUAAAAAGCGAUGCGUCCCCCUCUCAAAUCCAUAAGUAUGGCGCGAUGCGUCGUCCCGUUGUGCAUUCCUUGAAUGUUGUGGCAAGUGCGAAAGACAUCGCAGAUCACAAUCACCACACCGAUACUAGGUAAUAUCUUGGCCAUGCGGUUUACAUGAUAACCUCCCCCCCUCCCCCCACCCGCCAUAUGUUGCAAACCUACGCAUUCUAAAUAACAGCCCCAUUCGCCAUGUCGAGUCCAGGAGGAGCUCCCAAUGGUCCCCCAUACAUCCCCACCACUGCUGGCCUAGGCGGCCUACCUACGAAGAAGGUCGAUGAUCCUAUCAGUUCCGUCUUCCUUGUUCUGUUCGUGACGGGGGCUGCAACCCAUAUGGCCAUCCUCCAAGUUAACCUCCGAAGGAAAAAGAAGUUUAUCAUGAGCGCCCUACUUUUUGGAUUCUGCAUGGCCCGAAUCACAACGAUGAUGAUGCGUCUUGUCUGGACGAGUUACCAACACAACCUCAAGAUAGUCAUUGCGGCUCAGGUCUUUGUCUCGGGAGGAGUACUCCUCCUAUUCAUUAUCAACCUGAUAUUCGCCCAGCGAAUAGUUCGAGCUUCACAUCCGCAUUGGGCCUGGGCGAAGUGGUUCUCAAUCGCAUUCUACCUCUACUAUGUCUCCAUCUUUCUCAUGUUGACAGCAUUGAUUACCUGCACGGUCCAGAGUUUCUACACACUCAACCACAACAUUCGGCGAAUUGAUCGGGACGUUCAGCUGGUUGGAGGAACUUACUUUGCCGUGGCAGCGUUCCUCCCAAUCCCCUUGCUAUCCCUCAGGGUCAUUAUCCCCAAUAGACCACCUAUUGAGAAGUUCGGUCAGGGAAGGUUCAGAAACAAGAUCUUUAUCCUGCUCUUCUCGUCCGUGCUACUCACUCUCGGCGCGGCAUUCCGAGCAGGCAUCAGCUACGUCCCUCGACCAUUCACUCACCCAGCUUGGUACCAUUCCAAGGAAUGCUUUUACAUCUUCAACUUCACCAUCGAGAUCAUUGUGGUUGCUCUCUACGCCAUCAUCAGGGUCGACAGGAGAUUCCAUAUCCCAGACGGAAGUCAUGGCCCCGGAGACUACAUCGGUAUCUCGAAGGGUGGCGUGGCAAGAAAACCCAGCUUUGCUGAUCGGGUGCUGGACGAAGAACAGGUCUUUGGAGAUGGAAGCGAUGAGGCGCCGGGAAAGAGAAGUCCAGAUUUGGAGCUUCAAGAGGUCAGGACUCUUACGCCUGAUCGCAUCUCACAUGAGAAAGAAGUGGAACCUGGAAGCCCCUUGGGCCCCUACCCUACACCGCCGACUUCGACUCCUGGAUCUGCUCAUGGAAGCAAAAUUCAGCAAGCAGCCGAGCCGGUUUCUUCUGCGCCUGAUCGCAUUUCUCAUGAGAAAGAAGUAGAACCUGGAAAUCCCUUGGGCUCCUACCCUACACCACCGGCUUCGGCUCCUGAAUCUACUCACAGAGGCGAAAUUCAGCAAGCAGCCGAGCCGGUUUCCCCCACGCCUGAUUGCAUCUCUCAUGAGGAAGAAGUAGAACCUGGAAGUGCCUUGGGCUCCCACCCAACGCCGCUGGCUUCGGCUGCAGCCGAGCCGGUUUCUCCUACGCCUAAUAGUAUCUCUCUUGAGGAAGAAGUAGAACCUGGAAGUCCCUUAGGCUCCCACCCAACACCACCGACUUCGGCUCCUGGACCUGCUCACGGAAGCGAAAUUCAGCAGGCAGCCGAGCCGGUUUCUCCUAUGCCUGCUGUUGUGGAGAGUAGACCCGCAACAGCGCACGAUGAUGAGAAGUCGGCAAUCGCUUGAUCUGGGAAGGUCAACAGGACAGGGUCGGGUCGGGGUUUUUGAGACGGUUGAGUACGGUUUUGCACUUUGCGUUUUGGAGCAUGAACAGGAGUUUAGAGCAUUAGAUACCUUGAUGCCAUGGUUUCUUUCCGGUGAAGAAUACAGUACACGAAAAUAGAUCCUAAUAUCAUAAUUCAUCAAAAUUUCUGAAGAG